GCCGGAAGUGCAGGUCGAACUUCCGGCGGCGGCCCGUUUUGGGGCGGGGGGCGGUUGCCGGGGGUGCGCUCCCUUCUCCGCGCCGGGGAGCCUGGCGCGCGGCGGGCGCGGCGCGGGAGGCGGCCUCUGGUGCGUCCCUGCCCACCAUGGCCAAGCCGACAAGCAAGGAUUCAGGCUUGAAGGAGAAGUUCAGGAUUCUGUUUGGACUGGGAACCCCGCGGCCAAACCCCAGGUCUGCAGAGGGCAAGCAGACGGAGUUUAUCAUCACGGCGGAAAUCCUGAGAGAGCUGAGCGUUGAAUGUGGCCUCAACAAUCGCAUCCGGGUGAUCGGGCAGAUCUGUGAAGUUGCAAAAACGAAGAAGUUUGAAGAGCAUGCAGUGGAAGCGCUCUGGAAGGCCGUCGAGGACAUGCUGCAGCCAGAGCGGCCACCGGAGGCCCGGCAUGCGGUGCUGGCUCUGCUGAAGGCCAUCGUGCAGGGGCAGGGGGACCGCUUGGGCGUCCUCAGGGCCCUCUUCUUUAAGGUCAUCAAGGAUUACCCCUCUAACGAAGAUCUCCACGAAAGACUGGAAGUUUUCAAGGCCCUCACAGACAAUGGGAGACACAUCACAUAUUUGGAAGAAGAACUGGCUGGGUUUGUGCUGCAGUGGAUGGACAUCGGCCUGUCCUCAGAGUUCCUUCUGGUGCUUGUGAACUUGGUCAAAUUCAACAGCUGUUACCUGGAUGAAUACAUCGCAUCAAUGGUCCACAUGAUCUGCCUGCUGUGUGUCCAGACUGUGUCCUCUGUGGACAUAGAGGUCUCUCUGCAGGUGCUGGACGCCGUCGUCUGCUACAACUGUCUGCCGGCUGAGAGCCUGCCCCUGUUCAUCGUCACUCUCUGUCGUACCGUCAACGUCAAGGAGCUCUGUGAGCCUUGCUGGAAGCUGAUGCGUAAUCUCCUGGGCACCCACCUGGGUCACAGUGCCAUCUACAACAUGUGCCGCAUCAUGGAGGACAGAGCCUACAUGGAAGACGCCCCGCUGCUGAGAGGGGCCGUGUUCUUCGUGGGCAUGGCUCUCUGGGGGGCGCACCGACUCUACUCGCUCAAGAACUCCCCGACCUCCGUGCUGCCGUCGUUUUACGAGGCCAUGACCUGUCCGAACGAGGUGGUGUCCUAUGAAAUCGUCCUGUCUGUCACCAGACUCAUCAAGAAGUACCGGAGGGAGCUCCAGGCUGUGACGUGGGAUAUCCUGCUGGACAUCAUCGAACGUCUGCUGCAGCAGCUCCAGAGCCUGGACAGCCCGGAGCUCAGAGCCAUCGUCCAUGACCUGCUGACCACAGUGGAGGAGCUGUGUGACCAGAAUGAGUUCCACGGCUCGCACGAGAGAUACUUCGAGCUCGUCGAGAGAUGUGCAGACCAGAGGCCGGAGUCGUCCCUCCUAAACUUAAUAACCUACAGGGCUCAGUCCAUCCAUCCGGCAAAGGACGGCUGGAUUCACAACCUGCAGUUACUGAUGGAGAGAUUCUUCCGGAACGAAUCCCGCAGUGCUGUGCGCAUCAAGGUGCUCGACGUCCUGUCCUUUGUGCUGCUCAUCAACAGGCAGUUCUAUGAGGAGGAGCUGAUCAGCUCGGUGGUCAUCUCUCAGCUCUCCCACAUCCCGGAGGACAAAGACCCCCAAGUCCGGAAACUGGCCACCCAGUUGCUGGUGGACCUGGCCGAAGGCUGUCACACCCACCACUUCAACAGCCUGCUGGACAUUGUGGAGAAGGUGAUGGCCCGCUCCCUUUCCACACCCCCUGAGCUGGAGGAAAGAGAUGUGGUGGCAUAUUCAGCCUCCUUAGAGGAUGUGAAGACUGCCGUCUUGGGGCUCCUGGUGAUCCUUCAGACCAAGCUGUACGCCUUGCCUGCCAGCCACGCGGUGCGUGUGUACGAGACCCUCGUCAGCCACCUGCAGCUCCACUACAAGCACGGCUAUACCCUGCCCAUCGCCAGUAGCAUCCGGCUGCAGGCCUUUGACUUCCUGCUGCUGCUGAGGGCGGACUCCCUGCACCGCCUCGGCCUGCCCAGCAAGGACGGGGCUGUGAGGUUCAGCCCCUACUGCGUCUGCGACUCCACGGAGCCAGAGAGAGGCUCUGAGAAGAAGGCCGGCGGCCCCCUGUCGCCUCCCACCGGGCCGUCCGGCCCAGCACCUGCCGGUCCCGCUGUGCGGCUUGGCUCCCUGCCCUACUCCCUGCUCUUCCGGGUCCUGCUGCAGUGCUUAAAGCAGGAGACGGACUGGAAGGUGCUGAAGCUUGUUCUCGGCAAGCUGCCCGAGUCCCUGCGCUUCAAGGUCCUCAUCUUCACGUCCCCGUGCAGCGUCGACCAGCUGUCUUCCGCCCUCUGCUCCAUGCUUUCAGGUCCCAGAACUCUGGAGCGGCUCCGAGGCACCCCGGAAGGUUUCUCCAGGACAGACCUGCACCUGGCUGUGGUUCCUGUGCUGACGGCGUUAAUCUCUUACCAUAACUAUUUGGACAAAGCCAGACAGCGGGAGAUGGUGUACUGCCUGGAGCAAGGCCUGAUCUACCGCUGUGCCAGCCAGUGUGUGGUGGCCCUGGCCGUGUGCAGCGUCGAAAUGCCCGACAUCAUCAUCAAGGCGCUGCCUGUCUUGGUCGUGAAGCUUACACACAUUUCGGCCACAGCCAGCAUGGCCAUUCCACUCCUCGAAUUCCUGUCAACUCUGGCCAGGCUGCCUCACCUCUACAGGAACUUUGCCGCUGAGCAGUACGCGAGUGUGUUUGCCAUCUCCCUGCCGUACACCAACCCCUCCAAGUUUAAUCAGUACAUCGUGUGCCUGGCCCAUCACGUCAUAGCCAUGUGGUUCAUUAGAUGCCGUCUGCCUUUUCGGAAGGAUUUUGUUCCUUAUAUCACUAAGGGCCUACGCUCCAAUGUCCUCCUGUCUUUUGACGACACCCCGGAGAAGGACAGCUUCAGAGCGCGGAGCACCAGUCUCAACGAGAGGCCCAAGAGUUUGAGGAUAGCCAGACCCCCCAAACAAGGCUUGAAUAACUCCCCACCCGUGAGAGAAUUCCAGGAGAGCUCUGCAGCCGACGCCUUCCGGUGCCGCAGCAUCAGUGUGUCUGAACAUGUGGUCCGCAGCAGGAUCCAGACGUCCCUCACGAGUGCCAGCUUGGGGUCUGCGGACGAGAACUCAAUGGCCCAGGCUGACGACAACUUGAAAAAUCUCCACCUGGAGCUCACGGAGACUUGUCUGGACAUGAUGGCCAGAUACGUGUUCUCCAACUUCACGGCGGUCCCCAAGAGGUCCCCUGUAGGGGAGUUCCUCUUGGCUGGUGGCAGGACCAAGACCUGGCUGGUUGGAAACAAGCUCGUCACUGUGACGACGAGCGUGGGGACCGGGACCCGGUCACUGCUGGGCUUGGACUCAGGAGAGCUGCAGGGCAGCCCAGAGCUGAGCUCUGACCCCGGUGCGCACGUGAGGCAGACAAAGGAGGCGCCUGCCAAGUUGGAGUCCCAGGCUGGGCAGCAGGUGUGCCGUGGGGCCCGGGACCGCGUCCGCUCCAUGUCUGGGGGCCACGGCCUUCGUGUUGGUGCCUUGGAUGCUCCAGCCACCCACUGCCCAGGCGCACAGACCACACCAGCCAGUACGUCCGAGAGGGCCUCGGCUGCCGCCCAGCUCCCGGCGCAGGAGAAGACGAGCCUGGCGGCCUACGUACCCCUGCUGACCCAGGGCUGGGCGGAGAUCUUGGUCCGGAGGCCCACGGGGAACACCAGCUGGCUGAUGAGCCUGGAGAACCCCCUCAGCCCCUUCUCCUCGGACAUCAACAACAUGCCCCUGCAGGAGCUGUCCAACGCCCUCAUGGCCGCCGAGCGCUUCAAGGAGCGUCGUGACACGGCCCUGUACAAGUCACUUUCGGUGCCGGCGGCCGGCUCUGCCAAGCCCCCUCCGCCCCCACGUUCUAACACAGUGGCCUCUUUCUCCUCCCUGUACCAGACCAGUUGCCAAGGAGAGCUGCACAGGAGCAUUUCCUGGGCAGACUCCGCGGUGGUUCUGGAGGAGGGAAGUCCCAGCGAGACUGAUUUGCCAGGCGAGCCCACUGAGCUGGAGGACUUUGAGGCCACCCUGGGCCCAGAGCGGCGCUGUCGGCGCCCUGAAGCCUACAGUAGAUCGUCUUCCAGCUCCAGCCAAGAGGAGAAGUCUUUCGCCGCAGAGGAGGUGGCUGCCGGAGGGCUCCCCAUCGGGCGGGCCGUGUCUGCCGAGGGAGCCCGGCCCUCUGCGGGGCUCUCCUUCCAGCCCGCCCAGCCCCUCAGCAAGUCUAGCUCCUCGCCGGAGCUGCAGACCCUGCAGGAUACACUCGGGGACCCUGGGGACAAGGCCGACGUUGGCCGGCUGAGCCCCGAGGCCAAGGCCCGCUCACAGUCCGGGACUCUGGACGGGGCAGGUGCCACCUGGUCAACCCCAGGUGAAGAGAGUCAGGGCCGGGGCCCUGCGAGGCCCGAGGGUCCCUUGCCUUCUGGCUGUCCCCGUUCCCCCGGUGGCCUGCGUCCCAGAGGCUACACCAUUUCGGAUUCAGCCCCGUCACGCAGAGGCAAGAGGGUAGAGCGGGACGCCUUCAAGAGCAGAGCUGGGGCCUCCAAUACUGAGAAGGUGCCAGGCAUCAACCCCAGCUUCGUGUUCCUGCAGCUCUACCACUCUCCUUUCUUUGGCGACGAGUCCAACAAGCCGAUCCUUCUGCCUAAUGAGUCCUUCGAGCGGUCGGUGCAGCUCCUCGACCAGAUCCCAUCCUACGACACACACAAGAUCGCUGUCCUGUACGUGGGAGAAGGCCAGAGCAGCAGCGAGCUCGCCAUCCUGUCCAACGAGCACGGCUCGUACCGGUACACAGAGUUCCUGACGGGCCUGGGCAAGCUCAUCGAGCUCAAGGACUGCCAGCCCGAUAAGGUGUACCUGGGCGGUCUGGACGUGUGCGGGGAGGACGGCCAGUUCACCUACUGCUGGCACGAUGACAUCAUGCAGGCUGUCUUCCAUAUCGCCACCCUGAUGCCCACCAAGGACGUGGACAAGCACCGCUGUGACAAGAAGCGCCAUCUGGGCAACGACUUUGUGUCCAUUGUCUAUAAUGACUCUGGCGAGGACUUCAAACUGGGCACCAUUAAAGGCCAGUUCAACUUCGUCCACGUGAUCAUCACCCCCCUGGACUACGAGUGCAACCUGGUGUCCCUGCAGUGCAGGAAGGAUAUGGAGGGCCUCGUGGACACCAGCGUGGCCAAGAUCGUGUCUGAUCGCAACCUGCCCUUCGUGGCCCGUCAGAUGGCUCUGCACGCCAACAUGGCCUCCCAGGUGCACCAUAGCCGCUCCAACCCCACGGAUAUCUACCCGUCCAAGUGGAUCGCCAGGCUCCGUCACAUCAAGCGGCUGCGCCACCGGGUAGGGCAGAUCCGUGAGGAAGCCCACUACCCCAACCCCAGCCUGCCGCUGACGCAGACGCACCCUCCGGGCCACGCCAAGGCCCCAGCCCCGGCUGAGCCCAUGCCCACGUACGAGACGGGCCAGCGGAAGCGCCUCAUCUCCUCUGUGGAUGACUUCACCGAGUUCGUGUGAGCCGGGUCCCGUGCCCCGCCGUUAUAUGCGCAAAUGAAAUAAAGCAGUGGUGCAGCCCCGGC